UAUUUUUAUGUGGAAGAAGAAGAAGAAGUUCGUUAGUUCCCCUGUAAUUUCUGUCUUUUUAAUUUUCCUCUCUAUCUCUAUCAUCACCACCAUUUUCUCCUCCUCCUCUUUCUGAAAAACAAAUGAAAGAUCUAAAAACCAGGGUUUAUAAUGACAAUUUAAAACCAGAACACUUAAACCUACUAUGUUUUCUGACCCUUUGAAAUGCCUUGGUGGCAGAAAGGUUCAUCCUCAUCCUCCUCAAUCAAAUCUUCAUCUUCAUCACCAUCUUCUUCUUCCAUUAAUCACAACACAUUAACAACAGAACAACAACAACAACAACAACAACGUAUCAAUAGAUUUCAUCAACAACCAAGACUUACUCGUCAACGUAAACUCAGACAUUUAAGAGAGAUUGAUGUAGAGGAUAAUAAUCAACAACGUUUUAUUAGAUCUGGAAGUUGGACUGUUACUUCUCCUUCACCUUCUUCUGUCGGUUCUUCUUCUGCUAACAAUAAUAAUAAUAAUACUUCUGGUGUUCCUCAACCUUUACCUUUACCUUCUGAUUAUAAUUCAUUUCUUCUUCGUCGUGGUGAUUCUGAAUCCAGACUACCUCUUCCUUCUCCUAAAGAAGAUUUUUUUAGAAAAGGUGAUGGGGGAGGUGAUGAUAUUAUUGAUAGAGACAACUCUAUGCGUGGAGAUGGAGUUGGGGAUGGGAUUGAUUUUGGUUCUGCCAUAGGGAGCAGGUUUCCUGACCAUCACAAGGGUGUAGAGCAUGGUGACAAUCAAUCUGUUAAAUCUCAAAAUGGGCGUGGUAAGAAGGUUAUUCUUCAAGGUCCAAUUGAUGUUGGGAAAGAUCAAAAUAACUUCCUGUUGAACUUUCCUGCUAAGAGUGCACCAGCCAGUGGCUUAUCAAGCCCUGUACUUAGUCCUCGAAGAAUGAGUACCGGGGAUUUUGGCUCAACUUAUAUACCUUCUCAAGGACUUCAGACUUGGUCAACCCAAGAAUUUGCAGCUGCUGAUAUCCUUCAUCCAGGAUAUUCUCAUCGCGCUUCACCAGAAAACAUUUUUGCUAGUCCCGAUCUUUCUCCACUUCCUAGUCCAAGAGCAAGAAGUCCUGGAUGGAAUCAUCUGAAAAGUCCAUCUGGACCAUCAUCACCACUGCAUCACAAGUCAUCAUUAGACAGCAACUCUACAAUGUCGUCCGCAUGGCAUGACAAUAGUGGUCAUCAAGUCACUGGUCACCGCUUGCCCCUUCCUCCAGGAGUUGCUAUGCCUUCAAUGUCAACAAGUUCUGUUCCUCAAAAUAUAGUAGCUAAACCCGAGACACCAUCCAUGACUAAUCAAUGGCAAAAAGGAAAGCUCAUUGGACGGGGUACAUUUGGCAGUGUUUAUGUUGCUUCCAACCGGAUAACUGGAGCCUUAUGUGCCAUGAAAGAGGUUGACCUAAUUCCUGAUGAUGCCAAAUCAGCCGAAUGCUUAAAUCAAUUGGAGCAGGAGAUUAAAGUUCUUAGCCAAUUGAAGCAUCCAAAUAUCGUGCAGUAUUAUGGCAGUGAAACAAUAGGAGAUCAUUUUUACAUAUAUCUUGAAUAUGUCCAUCCUGGAUCUAUCAAUAAGUACGUGCAAGAACAUUGUGGAGCUAUGACGGAGGACAUUGUUCGCAAUUUCACUCGUCAUAUCCUCUCUGGGUUGGCUUACUUACAUAGCAAAAAAACUGUCCACAGGGACAUUAAAGGGGCAAAUUUGCUUGUUGAUGCUCAUGGUGUUGUUAAGCUUGCGGAUUUUGGGAUGGCAAAACACCUUAAUGGGCACGCAGCUAAUCUCUCGAUGAAGGGUAGUCCAUACUGGAUGGCUCCAGAGGUUAUACACGCUGCUUUGCAGAAUGAUUCUAAUAGUGAUGCUGCCCUUGCUGUUGAUAUUUGGAGCUUGGGUUGCACCAUUAUUGAGAUGCUUCAGGGGAAACCUCCCUGGAGUCAGUUUGAAGGGGCUGCAGCUUUGUUUAAGGUUUUGAGAGAGAACCCACCAAUACCUGAAACAUUAUCACCAGCGGGCAAGGAUUUCCUUCAGCUUUGCUUCCGAAGAAAUCCUGCAGAGAGGCCAUCUGCAAGCAUGUUAUUGGAACAUGGUUUUUUGAGAAACUCCAAUCUCUCAGAAGUUACACCAAACUCCCAUCGGCCAGAAGUUCCAUCAAACUCCCAUCGGUCAGAAGUUCCACCUUUGGCCCAAGCCUUUUCAGGGAUGCGAAUGGUUGAUGGAGCACAUAGUGCUACAGAAUUGUGUAAACAUAGAGUCGAUUUGCUACUUUCUCCAGCUUCACAUACUUCUUCUAAAGGUCAAAUGCUAUUUAAUAAUAGUGAAUCUACUGGUCAACAAUCUCAUCAUCUUGAACCUUCCGACCACGCAGCGGCACCCCGUCUAUCUCCUCGUUCUACUCUCGAGACACUUCCUAGUUCACCUCCUCCAAAUGCAAGUUAUCGCGGCAUAAAUCAUAACACUUCGAAACUUUCUCUGAAUGGAGUCAAUGGUGUACAUCUGGGUCCUGGGACUAGCCGCCCUUAUGCCCUUCCAUUAUCCAUGGACUCGCAAAGUGGAAGUUCCACAUCCCUUUUGAGAGGGGUUGAUCAAAACUACGACAGGCUUAUAAUGCAGCACAGCACUUGAUUCAUCCACAACUUGGUAAUACGACUUUUGGUUAAUGGAGAACUGUUAAUAUCUCUUCUCAGUUCAACGCGUCAGUUGCAGUUUAUAUCUGCAAUAUGAAUGUUGGGUUGUUUAGGAAAUUUACCCGUGACACCCAAUCUCAAUUGAUUGAUGGAUGAGUCUUGCGCGGAACCAAGUCCAGAGGGAAUUUAAGCUGGGUCUGUCAUAGAGCAUAGUUCAUUGCAUUGAGAACGUAAUGUGAAGGAAGCAAAGAAGUUUCUUCAGCUGUUCUCAAGUUAUCUAAAAGACAUAAUUAACAUUUCCAUGUACAACAAAAAUGAUUGGGUAGAUAAUGAAUUUGUAGAUAAGAGUUAGAAUAGACUUUGUAGUUAGUCCAGAGAUGUUGCACAAAACGGGUUGUACCUUUUUGUAUUGGUUUACACGAGGAAACUUAUGGAUGUUAGGAGUUCGUCUAUUUCCUUGGACAAAUGAAUCAAAAAAUAUUGUUUCCUUUUCUGCA